GUCAAUGUUUAUCAGCUUUGCAUUUAAUGCAAAACCCAGUCCCAGCUCCAGUAGAAAAUCCAGCUGAAAACCCAACCCUGGUGCAAAAUGCGACACCAGCUGAAAACCCAAUUCCGAUGCAAAACCAAGCCCCAGCACCCAUUCCUGAAGACGAUUUCAUUUCGUUCGAUGAAAAUUCAUCGAUGCACCAGCCAAGAGAGGUAAGAGAACCAGCAGUCGACCUUUUAACCAAUGAUAUCCCAGAUAUUGGAUCUGGAUCAAGUUCUAAUACUCAGGAAGAACAAAAAAAGGAAUCAAUUUUAACGAUAGAUGAAUUAAUAAAAUGGUUAUCAAAACCAGAAAUAAAAAAUAAUAAAAAAAUUAGAUCAAAGCCUAUACCUAAAACUGACAAAGAAUGGUUUGAUUUAAUGGAGUCAGAUGAUAAUAAAGGUAGUGAACCAAGCGAUUCAGAAUAUGAUACAGCGGAUGAAGAUCCCAACAUCUAUUUUGAAAAAAUUAUAGAUCCUUAUAUUAAUAGAAUAACAGAAGCCGAAAAAUUAAAUGAAGGCGAAAUUGUUAAUGUUUACAAAAGAGAGUUAGCUUUAAAGGGUGAAUUAAAGAUAAGAAUUGUGUUAUAUGCAUAUAUGAAGAAAAUUAAACCGGAAACGCCAGAACCUAUAUAUAAAACUUUUCCAUUCAAGCAUGAAAUUAUAGAAAUAAUUAGAGAAGAUCGAAUCAAUGCAACUAUAGAAAAAGGAUAUAACGAAAUUAUAGACCAGAUUGAGGAUGAAGCAAUACAAGAAUCAGGAUGGUCAUUUGUUCGAGCAGAAGAGGUAUUUCUCGAGAUAAGCGCAUUCAGGCCACUACGUGGUAGUAACUAUUUACCUUUACCAGAAGCUUUGGAUAAACCUCAACUAGGAUUAAUUAACCCGCAAAAUAAUGAUGAUAAUGAGUGUUUUAAGUGGUGUAUUAGUGCAUAUCAUACAAGAGCGGAAGCAUUAAAAACAAAUAAAAAACCUCCUCAUCUUAAUGAAAUCCGAAGACUUAGACGAAAUGGAAACAUAGCCAAUUUUGAAGAAGGUGAAGAGAAUUUAAAUGACCGAAAAAAUCCUAACGAUAUACCUGAAGGACUUAGAACACAUUAUGUACUUAUAACAGAUUUUACUCGAUUAAUGCAAAAGCAUAUUCCAACAUGUCCAGGACCAAGUAAAGCACCACAACGAUUAAUUCUUCCUGAAGAGGAUUUAGAAGCAGAAGAAAUCGAAGUGGAGAAAAAAGAUAAUGAAGGAAAUACUGUAAAAGUAGCAGAGCAAAAAGCAAUUUCAUAUGGAUAUACAAUACAUUGUUCAGAUGGAACUACACAAAAGCCAGUAAUUAAUAGAGAAUCAGAAAAUAUAAUAAAAGACUUAUUAGAAAACCUUCAAGAAGAUUUGGAUGUCAUUAAAGAUAAGCUUUGUGAUCCAGUUCCAUCUGGAUAUACUAAAAUUCGUGUAUUCGAUCCUGAAACUAAAAAAUACUUGGGUGCUUCACAUAGAAAAUGUCAUGGAAAACGAUCAAUUAUUAAAGAUGAGGGAAAAAAUAGAGUAAUAGAUCAUGAUCAUAUUACAGGAAAGUUUCGCGGAGCAAUGCAUAGUAGUUGUAAUCUCAAGUUACGAAUCGAUCCAGAAACAAUAAAAAUUCCGGUAUUAUUUUGUAAUGGAAGUGGCUACGAUUUUCAUCAUCUAAUGCAAGAAAUAGCAAAAGUGACGGAUGAAAAAAUAGUGCCUAUAGCAAAUAAUUCUGAGCAAUAUAUUACCUUCUCAGUUGGCCAGCUUCAAUUUAUUGAUAGUUUAAAAUUUUCGUUACCUGGUUUAGCUAAGAUGGCAGAAAACUUACGUGAUGAAAAGAAGGGCCAAACUAAAACACCAGAACAACUCGCAAAAUGUUUUCCAAUUAUGUCGAAAUUUAUCUCACCUCAUUUAUUAUCAUUGCUUACACGUAAAGGAAUAUUUCCAUAUCAAUGGUUAAAUAGCAAAACGAAAUUUAAUGAGACACAACUACCUUCACAAUGUGAACAUGAGAAAAUUUAUACUAUAUCUCAAAAGGAUUAUGACUUUGCCUGGAUAGUUUGGCGAGAAACAGGAUGUAAGACUUUUGGAGAUUAUCAUGAUAUCUAUCUUAAGACCGAUGUGUUAAUUUUAGCAGACGCAUUCGAGGCAUUCCGUAAAGCCUCAUAUUCAGCAUUCAAGCUCGACCCAGCAAAUUAUUUAACCGCACCAGGUCUAGCAUGGGACGCAUGGACU